AUGAAUGCUCGGCAUUGUGGAACAUUAGAAAGUACAAUGUCAACAAAUGGUCCGCCCGAUUAUCGUGAUAGUUUUCGAGAAUUUCGAUUCCGGAAAAAAAUUCAUAUUUUUUCAGCUUCUCUGACACUCAUAACCUUGGAUAAAUUACCUAAUAGUUCAUUAAUCUUAAGCAAAAAUUGGCAAACGAAAGAUUUCCAUACAACACUAUUUGCUUGUUUAUUUACGAGUGAUUAUGUAGGCGCUGAGUUCAAUACCCAACAACUAGACUUCAUUCUAAUUUCCAUCAAUUUCAAGGUGAUUGUUUCGUUAAAGAUUCAUAAUAUAUUCAUAAGUCUCUAUCCUUACUAA